CAGACAUAAUCACUAAUCAUUACUAUGACUUCCGGUAAUAUUGAAACAAUGGUUGUCUCUCAACUUGUGGAGAGUAAAGUCAGAAAAUGGUUUCAACUAAGUAAUCUGAAGCGGAACGGAUACAUUAGCAAACAGGAUUAUUCAGAUAUGACCGAUUCUUUCAUCAAAGAGUUUAAUUUGGACGAGAAAAAAGCGCAAGCAAUUCGAAAUUGGUUGGAGAAUGGAUGGGAAAUUUUGAUUCAGAAAGGUGAAGAAAUUACAGCGAAAGGUGGCAAGGGUGGAAUAUCAAAGGAAACAGCACCAAAAUUGUUAGAAGUCGGGGAAAAGAUGGGAAACAGCGGGAACAUAUCUGAAAAUGAAUAUGUCGCAGCUUUCAAGGAACUUGUCGGUUUCAAUAAAAAGUUGUUCGUAGAAACAUUUGAAUCCAUGGUUGGGAGCUUCUUCGAUGCUUUUGAUGUGAACAACGCUGGAUAUAUAACUUUUGAAAAUUUUCAAAAGGGCAUGAAAUGUUUCGGGAUGAGUAACUCAGAGGCGGUAGAGGCCAUGUUCAAAGCCAUGGACACAAAGAAAGGAGGACAAAUUGACAAAGAAACGUACAUCGGUCACUGGGUAGAAUUCAUGACAGGAGACAGCAUAGAUGGAGUAGUCGCCCAAUUUCUAUGCAGAAUGUAAACAAAAACUGUGUUAAAUAGGA